AUGACCGAGUUUUCGAAAGCAAAGAAAAUAAAGCUUGAACAAAUAUACACUGUAACAGAACGAGAUCUACAAACAGCUCAUGAACUUAUUCAAAAAUUAUAUGAAAAAUGUAGAGAAAAAGGAAAAACACGAAAAGCAGGAUCGAUUAGAAGAUCUGAUUAUACUCAUAAGCCUUCAGAGAUAACUAUUUCAUCAUGGAAAAUGAAUGAUUGGGAUUACAAAAAAAGAGAAGUUCCUACUCCUGCUAGGGGUCUGUUCACGAGACAGACGGAUGAACAUCGAUAUGAAAUUGUUAUCCGUGGAUAUGAUAAAUUUUUCAAUAUUGGAGAAGUAGAAAAAACAAAAUCUAUUAUCGCAAACACAGAAAGUCCUUACGAAAUUACUGCAAAAGAAAAUGGUUGUAUCAUUUUUAUUGGUGGACUUCCCAAUGGCAAUAUAUUGGUUACCAGUAAACAUUCAAUGGGUGAACUUCAGAAUGUAGUAAUUGCACAUGCUCAGAAGGGCGAAGAGUGGCUUGAGAAACAUUUGAAUCAAGUGGGAAAAAGCAAGCAAGAUCUAGCAAAAUUUUUAUACACAAAUAAAUUAACCGCAGUAGCUGAA